AUGGCUUCGUCAAUUAAUCCUGCCGUAUUAUGGGCCCAGCGUAAAGAUCGGUUACUCAUAACUAUUGAGAUAGAGAAUAUUACUAAUGAAAAUAUUACUAUAGACAGCAAGAAGCUUAUUUUAAGUGCUAAAGGCGGUAUUGCGAAACAAAAACACCAUUUAGAAUUUGAAUUUUAUAAGGACAUUAUUCCUGAGGAAUCAAAGCAGCGCAAGUCAGCUAGAGGAUAUUAUUUUCAAAUAAAAAAGAAGGAAUCAGGUCCAUACUGGCCAAGAAUGUUAAAACAAACUCAAAAGUUUACAUGGCUAAGGAUUGAUUUUAAUAAAUGGAAAGAUGAAGAUGCAAGUGAUGAAGAGAUUAUCAACGAUUUAAGUCUUACUCCGGUGGGAAGUGCCGAAAACUUUGAUCCGGCCGUAAAUUUAUACUUGCAAGAUUAG